GUGAGAGGAGCAGGAGUAGUGAGAGGAGCAGGAGAAGUGAGAGGAGCAGGAGUAGUGAGAGGAGCAGGAGUAGUGAGAGGAGCAGGUCCAGGGAGAAGAGCAGGCCUAAGGAGAGGGCAAGGUAGAGGUAUAAGAAUGCGUGGUGGUGGCAUUCUAAGGGCUACAAGGGCAGUGGUGAGUGAUGGAAUUCGUGCCACUAUCAUUGACCAUGUGAUAAACCACGGUCUUUCACUAAGGGAGGCUGGUGAAAGAGUACAGCCCAAUUUGGGGCGGUCAACGGUUGCGUCAAUUAUACGCAUCUUUCAACAAACCAACAGAAUGCAACGUCUUCCUCCCUCUGGGGGAAGAGGUAAGCUCCUUAAUCAUCAACAAGAGCUUGCCAUAGUAGAUAUGGUUGUUGCAAAUAACGCAAUUAAACUGCAUGAGAUUCAAAGCAGAAUUUUGGAGGACCAAGAGAUAUUUCACAAUAUCAAUAGCAUCAGCCUCGCAACCAUUACGCGGACAUUGUCCAAACACAGAGUGCGGAUGAAACAGCUCUACACUGUUCCCUUUGAGAGGAACAGUGAGCGAGUCAAGGUGCUACGACAACAAUAUGUCCAGAGAGUUAUGGAAUUGGAGGCCAACCAGGCCCCUCAUGAAUUCGUAUACGUGGAUGAGGCAGGAUUUAAUCUGGCCAAAAGGCGUCGACGUGGAAGAAAUGUCAUUGGAAAAAGGGCCACAGUUGAUGUUCCUGGACAGAGAGGGGCAAAUAUCACUAUGUGUGCGGCAAUUUCAAAUGCAGGAUCACUCCUCCACAAAUGUCAGGUUGGACCUUACAACACCGAGCGCCUCCUUGCUUUUCUCGAUGAUCUCCACCAGCGCCUGGUUCCAGAGCAGGAUCAGGAGGGUGAAAACAGGAGGACCUUCGUUAUCACCUGGGACAACGUGGCCUUCCAUCACUCACAAGCAGUUACAGCAUGGUUUGAGGUCCACCCAAGACUGAUUUGUCUAUUUCUUCCACCCUAUUCACCUUUCCUCAACCCCAUAGAGGAGUUCUUUUCUACAUGGAGGUGGAAAGUCUAUGACCAUCAGCCACAUGACCAGUUGUCCCUCCUUGAAGCCAUGGAUGCUGGCUGCAGGGACAUCACAGUUGAUGAUUGUCAAGGGUGGAUCAGGCAUUCCAAGCGGUUUUAUCCAAGGUGUAUCGCCUUGGAUAACAUCAGAUGCGAUGUGGAUGAAAACUUGUGGCCUAACCCUGAAGAUCGCAGGGAUUAGAUAAAGGAAUUUUGUGCUUUUUUUUAGUUCUCCCUUUUUACUGGGCUUUUUGCUGUUGCUUUUUUGUUCAUGGAUAUUUUGUUAACUUUACAGUAAACAAUACUGUAAAACGUUUUCUGUUGUAUCAUACUGUAAACAGUAUUUCUACUAUACCUCCUGUAGUAAACAGUAAAGAAAAAAAAACUGAUUCGCUUUUUACUGGAAUGCUUUUGAAUGUGAACAUUACAUGUGGAUAUACA